AUGCUUUCAGUUUUUACCCUGGGCGUGUUUGCUACUGCGUCUCUGAUUAGCAAUGGUGAGCGAAACAUAUUCACAUAUUCACAGUUCAAGCUCACAUCCGAGACAGUACUGGCAUCGUGCGAAUGUGGAUACUCUGUGAAUUCGACUACCGAUGAAAAACACGCGGUGUUUACCGACUUGCACGAGACAGACUUUCUACACAUCUCAGACCUCAACACUCCAACCGGAUGGCGCCCACAGGAUUACAAAGUUAGUCCCCGAGAUGCACGCGGCCCUUACGGCAAAUCUUUCUCGAUAGCCAAUGUAAUUCCGAAUCCCAUGAAGAAUAACUACGAUUGGGCGGGGGAGAGUGCACGUGGUGGGGAUGCCGGGCUACAACUUUGGGUGCGUAGCAAAGUACAGACUGUCAAUGUAGGGUCAGCAGAGUUGGCGGGAGACAGACAAGAUAUGUUGUAUGGCAGCUUUCGUGUUGCAAUGAAGAUGUCCAGGUACAGUGGUACCUGUGGUGCCUUCUUCUGGUACAGCACCGAUACACAAGAAAUUGACAUGGAAUUCCUGUCCAAGGAAUUUAGUGACGAUAAAAAUACUGUGAACUACGUCCUUCAGACGCCAGAGUCCGCUGCGAUGGGAUUCGACGCCUCAAGAACGCCAUACUUCAAACCACUUCCGCUUAGAUUUCGACCCGACCAGGCUUUCCACGAGUACCGAUUCGACUGGACACCGCACAAAGUCUCAUUCUAUGUGGAUGGGAAUUGGCAAUACGACAUGAAUCAAGGAGUCCCAAGCAGUCCCGGACAUCUCGUGUUGAAUCACUGGAGCAAUGGCGAUGGCAAUUGGUCUGCUGGUCCACCUGAGUUAAGCACAAUCAUGACUAUCUCUUAUGUCAAAGCAUACUUCAACUCUUCCUCAUCAGACCGACAGAUUGUAUAUCAGAAGAGCUGUCCCGUGGUCGAUAGUUCGAAGAUAUGUCGGAUUCCUACUCUGUCGGCUACUCCAGACAACACGGGUCCCAACGCUAAUGAUACUGCUCACACAUAUUUUUUUACUCAGGACCGGGGCGAACUAGGCAACGACGACCAUGCCCCCAACCAGAUUGUAUACGACUCUUCUGCUGUAGGUGUCCGAUGGCUGUCGCAAAAGGCGACUGGCUCUUUGCCGAACACUGUCGUGACUCUGAUAGCGACUGCUAUGUAUUUCGUCAUACUUGUAUAG